AUGGCUGCGACUCAGUUCUAUUCGAACAUAUCUCUAGAUACAGAAGAUGAUGACGAGAUUUUGGAGAAAGCUAAGGUCUGCUAUCCUGUCUGGAUGCUCUCAAAGGUUUUUGAGACUGAUAUAAGUGCAAUCCAGCUAGACAACCAACUCCGAGAAUUUCAGGUGGAAAUUGACCGUCAAUGGACACCCUAUAUGGUGAAAAUGGUAGUUACAAGGCCGUCUCGUCGUUUUUCGUCCGUAAACAUCAAAUAA